ACAUCACGUAAUUCCUCCUCCCGUAGCACCGUGGUUUGUGCGAGGAUCCGACCGGCGGUGGCAGGCAUGGCCAGCACGUCGCAGCCGUCCAGUAGCGAGAACCCCACCUCGGCGACGGCGAAGGAGGUUGAGAUGACAGGGGAUCAGGCGCGAGCCUGUAUUGCAGAUGACGUGCAUAGAACUUCUAGCCUACCGGCUGGUGGUAAGAUGGACAACCCUCCGCCGCUGCCGAACAAUGAGAACCCUGAGUUGAACAAUGAGAUUGCAGAGGAGGGGCAACCACCGCAGCCAGCCCCUGCGCCAGGACAUGUGGCAGUGCCCAUCCCUGAACCGCGAUGCCUCCUUUACAAGGUCCCCAAGAAAAUUUGGAAGAUAGACGAAGACAUGCACAAGCCGACUUAUAUCUCUAUCGGUCCUUAUCGCUACGGUGAAAACGGGUUGGACAACAGAUCGCAGGUAUGGAAGGAAUGGUGCGAAAAUGAAGUGGUGAAGAAGCUCACACAGCAAGGUAGGGGUACGGCGCUACAACAGAUCAACGAUGUGGUAACUGAUCAAGUGAAGAAUUACUAUGACAAAAGAUCGUUCUCGUUAGGCGUGGACGACGAAGCUUUCAAAAAGAUGAUGAUAACCGACGGAUGCUUCCUACUACUGACGACCUUACAUGAUACCAGCAGUCAGUCGGAGCCUGAGCCACAGCGUCCUGCAGCAUCUAAUACUUGGCGAAGCUUUUGCUGUCUUUUCGAAAGUAAUCCUGCAGAAGUUGAACAAACUGCAGCAGUUCCACCAACUGUUAUUGAUCCGAACAGUAUUCCAAACCUGUGGGAUAACUGCUUCCUGUGGAAUGACAUCUUGCUCUAUGGGAACCAGCUCCCCUUCCUUGUUGUGCGAGAAAUCUACAGUCUUCUUCACCCCGGCGAAGACCCCAAUCAGAAAGUCGGCAAGGUCUUCGCCGAUUCAAUGCUGGCACGCUACACGAGGAGGAAGUUGACCCAUCCGGGCAACGCCGACAGCGUCCUCCACCUGUGCCACAAACUGCUGGCGCCAACGCCGGACCCGAGCCGGAAUGGAGGCGGCGACGGCGUCGUCAAGACGGGACAGUGGCGGCGGGCGACAGAAUACAGGAAUCUGCGGGUGAAAUUCAAGAAGAGAGAGAUCAGCAGCGAUGGCAAGGCGCAGUGCAUCUUGGACGUCAAGGUCGUCUGCUGCAAUGUGGUAAAGAUACCUUCGUUUGACCUGAACCCGGAGAGCUGGAGGCUGCUGCGAAACCUGAUGCUGCUGGAGAAUAUGAACAAACACCUCGGCGGCCAUGUCACCUCUUACUGCAACUUCAUAUCGCAGCUGGCGUGUACCGGCGCGGACGUCAGCCUCCUCAGGGAAAAGGGUAUCAUCGUGCACGGUGAGGCUAGCGACGAGAGGGCGGCCCAGAAGCUAUGCAAUCUCUGUGUUGAAACCAUUUAUGAUCCCACACAUGACUACCUCAAGUCAGCUUGGGACAAGCUGGAGAAGCACUGCCGGCACCCGGGGUGGCUUGUGUGGGCGAAAAUGUUCGGCUACAAGGAUUGGAAGAAUCCGCUGGUUUGGAUGGCUACCCUUGCCGCCCUCGCCCUACUUGUGUGUGCCAUAUUACAGACGAUGUACACCAUCAAGACAUACCAGGAUCAGGCGAAACACCGCGCGCGGACGUAGCUAAUCAGGAGUAUUUAGCAAACCUCACACCCUACGUAGUAGCUUUCCUUCCUGCCAUGUGUUAGCUGGGAUUUGGUUCUUACUGUACUUGUUAGCUUUCUGUUAGCCUGUUAGCUAUUUUCCCUCCCUGUUUUUUUGCUAUUUGAAAACUCUGUUUUGAGUCA